AUGACGGGGCUGCAAGGGGGCUUGCACCCCCAAGGCUGGAACUGGAUUUUGCCUCACCAGAAGACUAGCCUGUCCUGCCCGAGUCUGCGGGGGGGGUCCCCUCGCGGUCAUCCGAGGACGGCGUCUCCCCUGCCGCUCCUCUCUCGAGUGUUUUGGGGUGCCCUCCUGGGAGCCAGCUUCCUGCCCUGGCUAGCCUGGGGCGCGAGGACCGUCACCGUGGGGGUGCUGGGCCCCUGGGACUGCGACCCCAUCUUUGCCCGAGCCCUUCCCGGCGCGGCCGCCCGGCUGGCCGCGGACCGCGUCACCCUGGACCCCGCGCUGCUGCCCGGCGCGCGCGUGGCCCCGGUGGUCCUCCCCACGGGCUGCCGCACCCCCCACGCCCUGGCCGCCUUCCUGGCCCACAGGGACGCCGCGGCCGCUUUCGUGGGCCCCGCGGACCCCGGCUACUGUGCGGCGGCGGCCCUGCUGGCCCAGGGGUGGGGCAAGCCGCUCUUCUCCUGGGCGUGCGGGGCUCCGGAGGGGGCGGGGGGCCCGGUGCCCACCCUGCCCUCCGGGGCCCGCGUGCUGCUCUCGGUCCUGAGGCACUUCGGCUGGGCGCGCUCCGCCGUCGUCUCUUCCCAGCAGGACCUGUGGGUGGCCACGGCCAGGCAGCUGGCCACGGCCCUCAGGACGCACGGGCUGCCCGUGGAGCUGGUGGCCGCCCUGGGGCCCGGAGAGCGAGGGGUCGCGGAUGUCCUGAGGCAGCUCCGCGGGGUGGAGGGCCUGAGAGCGGUGGUGCUGUGCAUGCACUCCGCCCUGCUGGGGGGCUCCGAGCAGGCGGCCCUGCUGAGCCAGGCGCGGGCGCAGGGCCUGGCGGACGGGCGGCUGGCCUUCCUGCCCUACGACACGCUGCACUUCCCGCUGCCCUACCGAGACCGCUCCUACCCCGCCCUGGGGGACAGCCGGCCCCUGCGGGAGGCCUACGACGCCGUGCUCACCGUCAGCCUGGAAUCCGGCCCCGCGGGCCAGGCCGGGGCCGACGCCGCUGCCCACCUGGAGCUCCCCCAGGUGUCCCCACUCUUUGGAACCAUCUACGAUGCGGUUGUCCUGUUGGCUCAUGCCCUGAACCGCUCCGAGAGCCACGGAGCUGGGCUCUCCGGGGCUUUCUUCAGGGACCACGUCGGGGGUCUGGAUGUGGCUGGCUUUGGCCAGAGGAUCCGGACAGAUGAGCAGGGCAGGAGGCUGGCCCGAUAUGUAAUCCUGGACACAGACGGCCGAGGGACCCAGCUGGUCCCCACCCACGUUCUGGACUCGGAAACAUGGCAAGUCCAGCCCCUGAACAAGACCAUACACUUCCCAGGAGGAGCUCCUCCGGCCCAGGACUCCAGCUGCUGGUUUGAUCCCAGUACCCUGUGCAUGAGAGGUCCGCGUCCGCCGGGCGGCCUCCCCGCCGUGGCCCUGGCCUGCGUCCUGGCGCUGGCUGGCGGGGUCCUCGCGUGCCUCGUCAGGUGGGGCGUCCGGCAGCGGCGGCUGGUGCGGGGGCCCCCGCAGGUGCUGCUGACGGCCCAGGAGCUCACCUUCCUCCAGCAGCCCCCGAGCCGGAGGAGGCCGCCUGCGGACGGGGGGAGCGAGUCCCCGAGCACGGCGGACGGUGGCAGCCUGGGGUCGGCGUCCCCGGAGCCCCCGGGGCCCCCGGAGCCCACGCGCGUGGCCCUGUACCAGAUCUGGAUCUUGAGGCUGAGAGAUCAGAAGUCACUGUCCCAGCUCUCUGGGCUGAGGAAGGCAGGGUCGGGGCUUGGACGGGGUCCACCAGACCCUGCCCGUCUCCGGGCCCGGGACGCACCGAAGGAACCCGGCAGCGGAGGCGCAGAGGAGCGGAAGAACGUCCCCGACGCCGCCCAGCUGGGGACCAGCGGCAGGCAGACUCUCUUCCUUCUCCAACAGGGAGACUGGGUGUGGCUGAAGAAGUUUGAAAUGGGCACCGCCCCUGAGCUGCGCCCAAGUUGCCUGGGCCUCCUGAAGCAGAUGCGGGAGAUGCGGCACGAGAACGUGGCCACCUGCCUGGGCUUCUUCGUGGCCCCCGGGGUCCACGCUGUGGUGCUGGAGCACUGCGCCCGGGGCAGCCUGGAGGACCUGCUGCGGAACGAGGCCCUGCGGCUCGACUGGACCUUCAAGGCGUCGCUCUUGCUGGACUUGAUCCGAGGCAUGCGGUUCCUGCACCAGCGCCGCUUCCCCCACGGCCGUCUCAAGUCUCGGAACUGCGUGGUGGACGGGCGCUUUGUGCUCAAGGUCACCGACCACGGCUACGCGGCCCUCCUGGAGGCGCAGGGGUCGCCCCGGCCCCGGCCGGCCCCGGAAGAGCUCCUGUGGACGGCGCCGGAGCUGCUGCGGGCGCCCGGGGGGCCGGGGCGGGGCACCCUCCGCGGGGACGUGUUCAGCCUGGGCGUCGUCCUGCACGAGGUGCUCACCCGAGCCCCGCCCUACCACGCCGCGGGGCUCUCGGCCGCAGAAAUCAUCCAGAAGGUGGUGUCCCCCGCUCCUGUGUUCCGGCCCCCCGUGUCCCCGGACCAUGGGCCCCCUGAGUGUAUCCAGCUGAUGAAGGACUGCUGGGAGGAGGCUCCAGACGACAGACCGAGCCUGGACCAAGUCUACAGCCAGUUCAAAAGCCUCGACCAAGGCAGGAAGAGCAGCGUGGCCGACUCGCUGGUGCGGAUGCUGGAGACGUACUCGCAGGGGCUGGAGGGCCUGGUGCAGGCGCGGACCGAGGCGCUGGAGCUGGAGAGGAGGAGGACCGAGAGGCUGCUGUCGCAGAUGUUCCCGCCGCCCGUGGCGGAAGCUCUGAAGAUGGGGGUCAGCGUGGAGCCGGAGUACUUUGAGCAGGUCACCAUCUACUUCAGCGACAUCGUGGGGUUCACCACCAUCUCAGCCCUGAGUGAGCCCAUGGAGGUGGUGGGGCUGCUCCACGACCUCUACACGCUGUUCGACGCCAUCCUGGGCCGCCACGACGUGUACAAGGUGGAGACCAUCGGCGACGCCUACAUGGUGGCCUCCGGGCUGCCGCGGCGCAACGGGAGGCGGCACGCGGGCGCGGCGGCCGACCUGGCCCUGGACCUGCUCAGCUCCGCCGGCGGCUUCCGCGCGCGCCACCUGCCGGACCUGCCGCUCCUCCUCCGCGCCGGCCUGCACUCGGGGCCCUGCGUGGCGGGCGUGGUGGGCCUCACCAUGCCUCGGUACUGCCUCUUCGGCGACACCGUCAACACGGCCUCCCGGAUGGAGUCCACGGGGCUGCCGUACAGAAUCCACACCAGCCGCAGCACCGCCCACGCCCUGCUCAGCCUGCACGAGGGCUACGAGAUCGACGUCAGGGGUCAGACCGAGCUGAAGGGGAAGGGCGUGGAGGAGACCUACUGGCUGGUGGGGAAGGCGGGCUUCCACAGACCUCUGCCCACGCCUCCGCACGUGGCGCCCGGCGAGCCCUGGCAGGACCGCGUGCACCGGGACAUCAGGGCGGCCUUCGCCGAGGCCCGCCGGGCCCGCGUGGGGCCUGGCCGCCCGGGGGAGGCGGGGGCCCGGCCCUGA